AUACCUGCAGGUCUUCUGGUAAAAUCUCCAUCAACCAGACCGUUCCAGAUACGAUCACCACAUGGAUAGUUUCAGUAUUUGCUACAAACAGCAUUUCUGGUUUCGGAAUAUCUGAUGUCAAACAAAAUAUAACUGUCAAGAAAGACUUCUUUAUUACCGUGGAUAUGCCAUCAUCAGUUAUAAUUGGCGAAGAAUUUAUUGUUCAAAUAACAGUGUUUAACUACAUGACUCUUCCGCAAACGGUAUUUCUUCAAGCUGUCCAGUCCGAUGAUCCUAACAAUCUUAUUCCAGCAGCAACGACGGUCCCACCAAAUGAAGGCCGCUCUACGCAUGUACAUGUUAGUCCUAAACAUGUUGGAGUUUUAAAAGUCAAAGUUUUUGCAAGAACAGGUUUCUUUAAAAUAUCAACAACUGAUGCAGUAGAAAAAGAAUUAAUGGUUAUGCAUACUGGUGUGCAAAGGACAACAAAUGAACAACUUUUAGUUGAUGUCAAUGGCGGCAAGACAUUAACCCAAACAUUACCACUGGUAAAUCACCCUGAUUUGAUACCUGGUACCAAAAAGGUGUACAUGAAAAUAUCAGGCGACUUUCUUGUGCCAAAUACGUUUGGGCUAGAGAGGUUAAUAAGUGGGCCUGAUGCUGGAGCCGAACAGGGUUUGGUGGAUAUAGCGCCCAAUGUGAUUUUAAUGAAAUAUUUGAGUAUCACUGGACAGUUGACAAAAGCCGUGGAAACUAAAGCUUUAAACUUAAUAAGAUCUGGUUACCAAAAUGUGCUUGCAUUUAAACGCGGUUAUGAUGGUUCCUUUGCACUGUCAGGAGAAAGUAGUAACUAUAGCAGCAUGUGGUUAACUGCUUUCGUGCUGAAGAGUUUUCAUCAAGCAAGAGAUCUUAUUUCUGUAGACAAUGAUGUUAUGUUUAGAGCAAUGGUAUAUCUGUUAGGACAACAGAAUAACAAUGGUUCUUUCACAGAGUCGACACUUUACACUAAUCAUGACAAGGAAAGGACAACACUGCAAGUUACAGCAUACUGUCUAGUUACAAUAAAGGAAUGCGGAGACUUAGUGAAUCCUGUGAGGCUGUCCCCUGCAAUUACAAAAGGACAACAAUAUUUGGAAAGCCAAUUGUCUACUAUUACUGAUCCCUAUACACUAUCUAUCGUAUGUUAUGCACUUGCGAAGUCAGGGAGCUCGAAUGGAACCACGUGUUAUAAACAAUUGGCUGCUUCAAAACACGCAGAAGAUGGAUAUGUUUAUUGGCCGGAAUCAUCUCAGGCUAUCGGUCACAUGAAGUACAAUAGUCAGCAACAAUCCAGUAGUCCUGCUAAAGAUGUAGAGACAGCAGGGUAUGCAAUGCUCACAUUUAUCGCGCUUGGGUUCCAAGCAGAGGGAUUACCUAUUCUGAAGUGGCUUAUUUCCCAAAGGAACUCACGUGGAGGAUUUUUAUCUACCCAGGACACAGUUGUAGCAAUACAGGCACUUGCAGAAUACGGAAUUAUCCAAGCACAUGUUACGAAACAGUCGAGGAUACAAAUAAAUGCUUUUGGAAUUGGCUUCAUGCACUCAUUUAAUGUAACUCAAAUGAAAUAUGAUUCCGUGCACCAGAUCGAGAUGCCAGCAAACUUACAGAAUGUAGUUAUACAGGCUGCUGGAGAAGGAAUAGCUGUUGUUGAUGUUGCUCAAUCAUACUAUGUUAACAGUAGCAGCAGUAAUGGAACUUUCAUCGCUGUGGCAUCAGAUUUUGAGCAAGAUUCGCUAAAUACACUGAUCUUGAAGACCAUUGUAAGGUGGAAUGGAACUUAUGUAAGUCGAAUGAUUCUGAUGGAAAUUGAAAUGCCAACUGGAUUUGUUGCUGACCAUGAUUUCUUUAUAAAACAAUCUAAAGUUAUGAAACACGAAAGCAUCGGAAGGACACUUGUUGUGUAUCUCUUUGGGAUUGCACAGAAUAGCGAGACGGUAGUGAAAGUGAAAUUGGACAGGUCCGAACCCGUUGUCAAAAACCAGGGAGGCACCAUUACUGUAUACGACUAUUAUGAACCUAGUCAGAGAGCCAUUGCACGUUAUGAAUCAGGCGUGUUAAAGAGAGCCAAAAUAUGCGAUGUUUGUCCACUGUGCUUAUUCUGUACAGGAUUUUCGGCGUUCUCUCAAAUUGGGAUUGGAAAAUAAUCGAAAUCGGCAUGCAUUUAUUUGAGAUAUACUUUAAUGGACAAAUCUUAAUAAACAUGCAGUCUAGUC